AUCAUCUUUCUUCUCCAAAUUUAUGUGUUUUUCUUGCAAAGAAAAUUAUAAACUUGAUGGAUAGAGGAAACAAGAGGGACCUUCCCAAUCUUGUGGACGAUAAAGAGCCCCGAAAAAGAAUUUUCUGCUGCUGCUGCGGCCGCCACCAUAGUUUAAAAUCUCAAGCUGUCCUUGAAGCUGAUGAUCAUGUUGAACCAGUGUCGGCUGAAGACUUGCAAACGGCGCAAAGGAACUUCCACAUCGCAAUUGGAAAUUAUUACAAUUCUACCAAACUCGCAGUGCCAAUACUGGAUAAUAUCCGGUUAAAGUUUCUGAAACGUAUUGCCCCGAGAAUUUACACUGGCAACGACAUUGUAGCAAUGGAUGGGAAGCCAUUGGAAGUUUCAAUCAUCGGUGGUGCUGGAAACUUGAGAGAAAUUAUAAAAACGGGUCCUUUUUCGCAGGUCAAGGUUGAGAUUUUGGUUCUACCAGGAGAUCAUAAAAAAUAUGAAAAAAUAAGUGAAAAUGAUGUUUUGUUUCAAAGAGAAGGGAGAAGGCCCUUGAUUGUAGGUGAUGAUCAAAAGAUUCAUCUGAAAGAUGGGAUUGGAUUGAUCAAGAAUUUGAGUUUCACAGACAAUUCCAGCUGGACCAAAUCUAAAACGUUUCGAAUCGCAGUCAAAGUUAUAGAUGAGGGAAUUUCGGCACAGUUUCCGAAGAUUGAAGAAGCUAUAUCUGAGCCCAUUAGAGUAUUCGAUCAACGAGGAGAAGCAAACAAGAAGCAUUGUCAUCCCAAAGAAGAAGAUGAAGUGUGGCGAUUGAAAGGGAUUAGCAAAAAUGGCAAAUAUCACAGUCGUUUAUUAUCCAAAGACAUCAAAACUGUGGGUGAUUUCUUGAAGAUUCAUGCUGAAAUGGGCGAUGACUACUUGAAAAAGUUGCUUGGUAACAAAGUCCCAAAGAAGACAUGGAACAUGAUGGUUCAUAAUGCUUUGGGAUGUAUCUCUCAGAAAGUCCCAAAUGAGACCAUGAAGAAUGCUUCGCCAAGCGUUCUUGUCACUAGCUUCAAUCCAAGUACCAUUGAGGAAGAUUCAGUGAGAAAUGAAGCCAUGGGAGUUGCAUUGAACCACAACUUCACACUCCAAGACUUGGAUUAUUUGUUGUUUGAAGGUGUUGUAACUGACAACUUCUCUCUCCUUAAUUCUUAGGUAAAUGUUUAUGCAAAAAUACCAUAUACUUUUCAUUGGUAGAUUAGCCAUAUAAUUUAAAAAGUAUCACACCCAAUUGAUAUACAUAGAGCAAAAACAAGAUUUGGACUAUUUUUGUAAUAUUAAAAGUUGAGUAAAUAUGUAGCACGAGGAAUGAUAAAGUUG